AUGCGCUCCAGCUGGGCGAACGGGAUGCGGGAGGGGUACCCCCCCGGACCCAGCAGCUCGACGGCGGCGAAGGGACGACACUUGCCGGCGGACGGUGGCUCGCCGCUCACCGAGGCGGAGGCGGAGCUGCUAGCGGAGCUCUCCUCGCCACCGCGCGACAUGCAGACCACCCUGCAACCGUCUCAGAAGUACACGCGUGCCCACCCGCGGCUCGCCUUUCCGCUGCUUCUGCUGCUCGUGCUGGCGGCCCUCCGCAACCUCCUCCCGGCCGAGCACAGCCUUGAUGCGUUUCCCGACUCUUCGCUCGACCUCGUCACGCCCGACUUGUCGCUCGACCUCUUCACGACAGAUGACUCGCCGGUUGGAACAUACACCGCGAUGCCCGACGUGCAGCCGGACACCGAGCGCGUGGAUCUGCCUCCCGGCUGCCGGCCUCUCACCCGCCAGUGGUCCGCUCUGAUCGAGGAGGCCAUCAACCGGUACAUCGGGUCGCUGCAGCUGCCUUCUGCGCCGUCACAGGGCCGGUCGCGUCUUUGGCUGGGCCCCGGGGUGUCCGCGAUUCUCUCGCAGCAAGUGACCGAGUCGAUAGCGGUGGAAAAGACGCGAUCCGCGGCCUGCUCCGAGAAAGACUUUUGUGGCAACGGCAGCGCCUGCUGCAAGCAGGGCAGCAACGACCCGCUCCCUUGCCCCGCAUCGAUGCCGGACUUCCCAGUCCACACGUGCGUCGCUGUCGACGGCCGCGGGCUUGGCGCGCUGGGGGGUAGGGCGGUGUCCCUCACACUGCGGGAGUGGGCACUUCAGCAGCUAGCGGCGGCGGACAAGGUGGCGGCAGAGGAUCUCCGGGCGGUGCCUGCGGUCGACGUGCCGGCGAACAGCUCCCGAGCUCUCUCGCUUCUCUCCAAGCUCUUCGGCGAGCAGAUGCAGUCCCUCCUCGGGGCAGGGAGCCCCGUCAAGACACUCUUUGACUCGGACCGCAUGUCGCUCAUCAUCCGGCUUUAUGGAGUCCGCGCCAAGGUGCGCCUGCGGUACACGCUAGAGGACACGCUCGCGACGAAGCUCGUCCUCGGGCAGGGGAGCGGCGACAUCGAAGCCGAGGCCAUCGGGCUGCUGCUCUUUGACCGGAUUGAGCUGAACGACUUCUUCUUGUCGGCCGGGAAACGAGGCGCGAUCAAGAACUGCUUCGGGGCGUUCGGCAUUCAGACGCUGGUCGUGACGGGCGCCAUCGACCGGGUGGAAAACUCGUCCUCGCCGGACGUGGUGGUGCAGGUCGCAGGUGGCCUUUGGAGCGGCACGCACAUCGACACCGUCGCUUGCGCGCCCGGCUCGCCGACGUUUCGCAGCGGACUCUGCAAGACGCACGAGGGCACGACCGAGACGGAGCGGCUGGACGACGAGCGGAUCCCGUCGGACCAGUGUGGCGCGUGUCCGUGGACGGCCGACUACGCGUGCCCCAAAUCGCCCACGCCCGGCAACUUGGGGUACGCGUGGGACGACGGCAGCCCGUGCUUCCAGUACUGUUGUUGCGAGUGCGGCUGGGUGGAGGAGUACGCGUGCGCUUGGUCCGAGACGCCCGGCAGCAGCGGGUACGCGCGUGACGAUGGCAGCAUCUGCUAUGCCAUGUGCUGCCGACCGCCGGAGCCCAAUAACCACAACACGGAACUGGCGGUCGGCGGGGUGGUGGUGGUGGCCGCUACGGCGGCCGCCGUGGUGUUUUUGGGGUAG